UUUACGUAUUUUACGUACAAAAAUAUUGCUGAAUUGAUUCUAAUUCAUUAAUUCAUUUAUUCACUAAUGUACUGUCAAUACCUAUUAAUUCUAUGUAAUAUUUUUUUUAUAAAUGAAUUUUCCCAUUUAUUAUGUUUUCAUUACGUUCUAUUCAAUACGUUGUUUACUUUCUGUUAUCCUCAUCACAUAAUACGGUUCUUGAUGAUAGAAUAUAAAAUUAAUUUCCUUGGUUAUUUCUUCCUCAGCAGUUAUUUUUUUUUCCAGAUUUUCAUUGUCCCAUCUCCUCUUAAUAAUUGUGAUACCAGUUGAUUUUAUUGAUUGUGUAUUUUCUUCUACUAGCUUCUUGCUCUCUGAAGGAAAUCAACAUUUUCUGUUAUUAAUUAAUAUUCUUCACUAAUUUCUACGAUUGGUGGAAAGAGUUACAGUCAAACCUUUAUAUAAC